UUUACUACACUUCAUUCGAUGCUUAUUCUGGAGCUUCGUAUAUAAGCUAAUUCCUUUAGCUGUUUAUCUAAUUUGACGAACCCGUUUCAUAUAUAUCCACUCAGUGACAACACGAACUUCAAAGUAGCACCGAAACUAAGCACAAUUCAUUCAUAGAAAUAUUAAGAAAAUGACAUUCACACCUUUGAAAUUCCCUCUUGGGGGUAAUUGUCGGAUUAGAUGAGCAUGUGACUUUGUAGCCGUCACAAAUCCAGCCCACAAGCUCACAUGCCUGCUUCGCAAGCAUUAACAUAGCGUAUCAUCUCGUUCGCUCUCUCUGCUCAAAUUUCUCAUCAAAUACCUCAUCUUCCUCAUUUUGCAUGGUCUAAGUUUAAUCAAAUAAUGCUGGCAGGAAUUCUGUUCUUUGAGCUGGUUUAUCUCAAUAUAAGCAACACACAAAUUUAAAGAUGGAUCAGGCUUUUCUGACAGUCAUCAAUGAACUGGACACUGAGGUAGCGGUAUCUUGGGUGUCGCAGCGGUGCUAUCAGUGUCUUUAUCAACAGCUUGGGGUUGUCCCGGCAGUGACAAGUCCAGGUCAACCAAGCUCUCAGGAGUUCACUGUAAGCACGCAACAUGAAAUUACACUACAACUCAACAGCACUGCUGUCAACCUGGACCUCUGCACAGUUCCGUUCCACUUUGGGGAGCGUGGAAACUAUUCUCUAUGGGUGAAAAAUCUAAAUACCUCUGUGGUUAAUUGCUCCAUUGUGACUGAUGCAGACCCGGUCAACAGCUACAUACCCAUCUUGGUAGCCUUCCUUGUGUUUGCUGGAUUGGGGUUAAUGUCUGCUCUUCUAAGAGCUAUAGUGGGAUUGGAUCUAGUGAGGGGCGUCCUCUUCAGAAUAGGUGGUACCUUUGAGACAGAGAGGCUCAUCAACUCUGAACUCGGCUCCCCCGGCAGGGUAGUGACACCAGUUACUGACAACAUCCUCCCCCCGCCACCCAGUCCCAGCAAGAGGCUACGUUCUUUGGACACAUUCAGAGGGAUCUCCUUGGUUAUUAUGGUGUUUGUCAACUAUGGAGGCGGGCGAUAUUGGUUCUUCAGACAUGAAAGCUGGAAUGGUCUUAGUGUUGCAGAUCUGGUCUUCCCCUGGUUUGUUUUCAUAAUGGGAACAUCCAUCGCACUUUCAAUCAAUUCACUGCUCCGCUCAGGCUCGAGGCGCACCUCACUGCUGAAGAAAGUCGUGUGGAGGAGCCUGCAGCUCUUCAUCAUCGGCGUCAUCAUCAUCAAUCCCCACUACUGUCUGGGGCCUUUGUCAUGGGACAACCUGCGGAUUCCAGGUGUGCUGCAGCGCCUCUCCUGGUCAUACCUGGUUGUAGCUUGUCUUGAUCUGUUGGUUGCCAGAGGUCACGUUGACAUCCUCCCAACGGUUAGUGACAAUGCAUGGUGGUCCUCUUGCAUUGAUGUCCUGCUCUACUGGCCCGCAUGGCUCUUUGUGCUCCUCUUGGAAGUCCUUUGGCUCUGCCUCACUUUUCUACUUCCUGUGCCAGGCUGCCCAACUGGCUAUCUUGGUCCAGGUGGCAUUGGGGACAUGGGCAUGCAUGCCAAUUGUACCGGUGGAGCAGCUGGUCUUGUUGACCGCUGGCUGCUCGGAGAAAACCACAUCUACCAGACGCCAUCAACACGGGUCAUAUACGACACUCAUGUGCCAUACGAUCCUGAGGGUGUUCUUGGCAGCAUCAACUCCAUUCUUAUGGCUUUUCUUGGGUUGCAGGCAGGAAAGAUAAUCAUACAUUACAGAGAUCUUCAUUCAAGUAUUAUAUCAAGGUUCCUCAUUUGGGGUCUCUUUUUGGGAGUCAUUUCAGCAGUUCUCACCAAGUGUUCCACAGACCAGGGGUUCAUUCCUGUCAAUAAGAACCUAUGGUCUCUGUCCUAUGUGACAACACUGGCCUGUUUUGCCUUUGUGCUGCUUGUACUGGUCUACUACAGCGUUGAUGUGAAAAAUUGGUGGUCUGGAGCACCUUUCUUCUACCCUGGCAUGAACUCUAUUCUUGUGUACGUGGGCCAUAAGGUCUUUGAGGACUACUUCCCCUUCCGGUGGCGCAUGGUCAACACUCAGUCCCAUGCUGAGCACCUCACACAGAACCUGGUGGCUGUUUGUUGUUGGGUCCUCAUCUCCUAUGUUCUCUAUAGGAAAAAGAUAUUCUGGAAAAUUUAAAAGGUGGAGCCCGUUUGAAUGAAUCACUUUGCAUUCAGCCAAAAAUGGCAGUUAUUUUUUGUUUUUUGUCAUCAUUGCUGAAGUUAUCUAAAAACACUUUUGGAAAGGGUGAGGCUCUUUUACCAUGUAUGGACUAUAUUUUUGUACUCCUUUUUCAUUGUCUCUUUAUUUCCCCAAACAGGCUAUUUUGGUCACAUCCAUACUGUACAUAGGGCAGCCUGAGGGCUUCUCACACAACUUCUCGUCAGCUGACUUAUGUUACGACUCAGGAAGAACUGUUGAGUUAAAUGAUAUAUUAUGAAUAUAAUGAAUGUCACUGUUCGUCUUUAUUUCCCCCAGUAUUUGCACCGCAGACUGCAGUAGCAGAAUAGAAAAGUGAUUGCUCGCUGGCUGGGUCCUUGUGAAGUUGCUUAAAGUUAUGAAAAAAAUCAUCACUUAAUGUAUCAUCAACUGUAAUUUUUCAAGAAUGGAAGCAAUAGCAUGUAGCUCUCUUGGCCCUUUGUGGCCUGUCUGGACAUUUGCCAGCAGAAAAUGGGUAAUUGCUCACUUUUUAUAUUUCAUGUGGCACUGACUAAGUGACAUUACAGCAAAAGCUAUUGUGAACCGACUCUUAGUAAAUGCACAAUAUUGCCAAAUGUUUCAGUACAAAAGAGCAUUAAAGUUCAAAAUCUGUAGCUCGCUAAUUAUUUUCUGUAAGUGUGUGUGAGUGUGCUGCGAUUGGCUGGCGACCAGUCCAGGGUGUACCCCCCUCUUGGAGUCUUGGAGCUGGAAUAGGCUCUAGCAUACCCCCACGACCCUAAUCAGGAUAAGCAGCAUAGAAGAUGGAUGGAUGGAUGAAUGUGUUUGUGUUUUGGCUGUCCCAAAAAAGUAUUUUUAUGUUCUUAUAAAUUCAUCCACUUUAUUUUACCAUGCAAGAUGCAUUUGACCAGGUCCUACAACAGAGUCAGUGUGACCUGUGAAAAUGACAUUGCUGUGUAAAUGAUGAAAUUGUUGAAACUUAAGCAUAUAGUUCAAAAGGAACAUUUUGUAAUAAAACAUAAUGCAGAAUACUGAUGUGGUUGAGCAUCACUGUGGAAUUU